AUGACGGCCACCGCAACCAUAGCCUCCACGGACAUGGGGCUUCUGCUGAGAGAUGAUGUUUUUGUCGACUUUUUCAACACGUUUCUGAAUCUUCCCGUUUUUGGCCAGACACCCAUUUACAUCAGCAGCACGGGCCGGUGGGACCUCUGGCCAGAGCUGCCGAGCCGCCUGGAUCCCAGCCCCCCGGCUUUACUGGCGUGGCUGGAAAAGCACCGCCUGCCUCACUUCUGCAAAUCCAGCUUGUGCCUCCACCUCGUCCUCUGCCAGAAGCUCCUGGGUUUCAUUCGGUCGGGGGAAGCAGCAAAACAGCUGAACUGGCAAAGUGCUGACCAGUGGCUGCUGGAGAAGUGCAUCAGCGGGAGCCAGGGCAUGUGGCGCUUUCGGGCCUUCAUCCAAGGAAUGGCAGGGGAAGAACUGACCAACUUCUGGCUCACCACCGAAAGGCUCCUGGGGCUUGAUGAGUCAGAUGCGAGGCAGAGGGACCUCUACCUGUCCUUGCUCCACAAGCUGAAAGCCACUCACCUGCGCGAAGGCUCCAGCAUUGUCACUCUCUGCAGGACCAUCACUGGGUCGUUCCUGAAAACCAGGCACAUUCAGCCCAUCAGCACCAGGAGGGAGAUCCUAAGCAAGAUGCAGGAACGGGCCCUUUUUAUGAUUCAGAGUUACUGGCUACCUAAAUUCUUCAUCCACUGCAAGAUGGGCAUGGAGGAAGAGAAAUCAUGCCACCCUCUGCUGCAGGAAUAUCAGGAGCGUUUAUUACGGGCCAAAUCACAGGAGCCCUCAGGCUUUUCGGAGAAUCUCUUCAUGAUGCAUAUUAAAAGGAGCCAGGGUUUGUCAGAGUCCUACUGCAGCAAGAAGGCCAAAGCAGAGAUCUGGACUCUGCUCAAGGAGGGAAGAGACACCCAAGAAAUGAAGAUGCCCAGUUUUCAGGUGCAACCAGAGAGGCAGCUGGCGCCAGCUGGGAGCACAAAGGAAUCACAUCUGGAUAAGGAUGCUUUGGGAUCGAUUCCUCAGCAGUCAGAGCAUCCUGCAAAGACUGCCUUUGGAGGCAAAGGAGGAGCAACCUCUCCCAAAAGACCUAGACCCAAUGCAGAGCAGGUCCUUCAUCUGGAAGAACUCUGUGAAGAGAAAGUCCUCUCUAACCUGUGUUCCUCUGCACCCCUUGUCCAGCUGCCAUCCCUGAAAAAGCGAGCCAAGACCUUGAGUUUCCUUCCCUGGGCCCUUAGUGCCGAGACCUGCGCGGGACGACCCUUCAGGGACUUCUUGAAGCGCCAGGACCGGUCUGUGGAGACUCAUCUCCUGGACCUGUGGCAUGACCUGGAGGAAUUUCUGCCCAUGGUGCUGGACCCCAGCAGAGAAAACAGUUUCUUCCUGCGUCAUUUGAUCGGGGAGAAGAUAUGCAAGACCUACCUGGAGGAGGGCACCAUUCAGCAGCUUCCCUUGGAGACCAGGACUCUCAGGAGCUUGCGGAACCAUCUGAUGUCUGGAGAAUUCUCCCCCUGGAUAUUCAGAGCCCAGAAGGAGAUUUGCAAGGUGCUCUGCUGCUUCUAUGAGGAAUUUCUGGCUGACGAUGACAGGACGUUCCUCCAGUUUAUGUCUCUGCAGAGCGAUGUCUCGAUGCCUGAGAUGCAAGGCCAUGCUCUUGGGAAAGAUGAAUGUUUCCUCCUGUCCCAGCGGAUAAACCAGUCCUUGAAGCUGAGCCAGGCCUUGCAUGGCACGAGGAACUUGGCAGGUCUCUCCUCCGAGCACUGGAAAUUAAUUGCCACUUGGGAUCUCCGGAGAGGGGGCUCCAUCCAGGCAGAGGUGGAACCUUUCCUGCGCAGCAACGAACCCGCUGAACCCGAGAAGAGAAAGAAGAGGACUGUUCCCGUGAGGAAAACUGAAUCAAGCGUGACAAAGUCCACCACUGUUGCAGUAGAGAAGCCAUCUAGAAGACCCAGGCACUUCAUGAAAAUACUGCACAACCCUGCUCACCUGGAGUUCUUCAAGCAGUUCCUCGAGGAGCGCAAUGCAGAUGAACCACUGCGUUUCUGGAUGGCUGUGGAGAAGUUAGUCGCAGAGACCAACCCCAAGACGAAGAGCUUCCUCAUUAACAGCAUUGUCAGAAAUCAUUUCCGAGCUGAAAUCCCAGCCGAGGAGCGGCUAGACUGCCACACUUCUAUCAUCAGAGAAAUAAGUGAGGCCGAAGUAGUCAGCCCCUUCAUGUUGAUGACAGCACAGAUCUUCGUCCAGAAAGCAAUGGAAAAACGAUGGUUUCAAGAGUACCAGGACCUGUUCCCCCCGAGUGAUACGCCUAAGUCUAACCUUUGUUUGCAGCAUGGGACUGGGAACUUCAGGACAAACAAGCUGCGGUGGGCUUGGUAUGCCAUUCACGACAUUGUAAAGAGCAUCUGCAAGUUCCGGAGGGAGAUGGACAAUGAUCAACACCGUGCAGAGUUUGAGGAGUUUCUCCGGCAGGAACUAGGAAAUGAGGAGGAAAACUUGCCCGUCAGCUCGAUUCAGAGCAGCAGCACGGUGAGCAAUUUCCACUCCCAUAUGGCCUCUGCCAGCACCCCACCGGACAAGGAGGUGGUACUAGUGAAACGCCGCAUGUUUAACAGCCAGCUCAUUACCAUCAACUUCCUCGUCGAUGACCUCCGCUUUUAUCUGGAGAUCAACAAGUUUUCCAGGCUGGCUGAUUCAGUUGAAGCUCUGGCAGCCCACACCAUGCAGCCAGAAAAGGAAGUUGCCUUUCUCAAAAGGAAAGUUGCCAUCAUCAGCAAACUCUUCUUGAACUCCGAUAUUCCCCCCAAAUUGAGGGUAAACAUCUCUGAAGAAGAGAGAGAUUUAAUCUGGAGUUUAUCUUCCAAGGGGCUACUGAACCGUGUCCUCUACCACAGGGCCAAGGUCACCAUCUUCCCAAUCCUGAUGCACUUCUGGAGAAGGUUCUGCACCUGGAAGGUGAUGAGGAGCUUUCAGGUCUCUGCAAAGGACAGGGUGCCAAUCUCUUCGCCCAGUACAAAAACCUCCUCUGAAUCAUCUGAUGCCUACAGUCCAAGCAAUCACACCAUCAUUGUCUUCACGCUGCUGAAAGGGGUCCAGAUCCUGCUGCCGCAUCCCCAGAAGAAAAUGGAGCCAUUGGAGGAGCAAAAAGGCACCAAGGGAAGGACAGACCUCCCAACCUACCGUCCACACUGA